GUCUCUCCGCUCGCGGCCGUCGCGCCCGUCCGCCAGGACUGGCUCGCCCGCCGUCUCCACCGUCUCGCCGUCGCGUCUGCCGGCCACUGACUCUGUCUCGUACUUCCCUCCUUUCGAAGAUAUGGGCAGCAUAUGUUCCGAGGGACAGGGCUCCUCGAGCGGUCGGUCUGAGAGGGAAAAGGCAAGUGAAAGAGACAGAGAGGGGGAUUUACGAGCCAGUGCAGGCAGCCACAGAAAAAGGGGAUCGUUGGGAUCGAUAGCCGAGUUCGUCUCUGCAAGCAUCUCGUGGGGCCUGACUCCAUUUGCGUGUGCGAAUACCUCUCAACACCCCAGUUAUUGCCGUGAAACAUCGCCUCCUGUGCCGGCGACACCGACUACGUCGGAGGAAGCAGUAGAAGCUCUCUCGCGUAAAUUUACUUCAAGUAAACAGAGGGUACUAGAACCCUUUUCUGUAGGCCCUCAAACGGAGGACAUGGUUGUCAGAGAGAAGGAAAAGGUCAUCAAGGGGAUGCACAAACGGAGAAUGAUGAGCGAAUGCGAAGUGGAGACGAUGGUUGCGGCUAUUGGCCAUAAAGUCCUAGAGGGGAAGGAUGAUGAUGAGUCAGUAGUUGAAAGCCUUCUUGACGAUGCACCACCCUCGAAACCGCAAACGUUUGCCUCUAAUCGACGGCCAAAGCCAGCCCUUCAAGUCCCCAUUCCCACCCUUCCGAUCUGGCGAUACCCGAUGCCCUCCCCACCCGUGACUUCCCUCUGCCCUGACAUCCCCCUCGAGGCAUUUUCCAUAGCCGUCGAUAAUCCUUGUUCUCCCAUGACGGCUACCUCGUCGGAAGCUGCUUCGACCUUUCUGACCUCAGAUGCGAGGACACGUCUCGAAGACGAGAGACGAGCAAAGAUCGAAGUGGAGCAGGUUGAUUGCUUAGCUGAACUGCAGCUUACGCGAGAACCACAAUCUUCAAUAUCCCUUACAGAACAUUCGUCUCAUAGAUUAUUCGAUCCGGGUCAAGCCACGCCUAGAAAACCCCAACUUCCAUACCUAUCUUGCCGAGUACUGGGGCAAGAGAAGUACGAAUCACACUUGUUGGGAGAAACGGGAGAGUUGAAGCGUAUAAAAUCUGGAUCCAGCGCGAACAGCUCUGACACGAUUAAGCCACAGGUUGCCAGCUCCACCGGGCAUCAUGGACCAACAUCGACAAUGACGACGGUAAUAAUAUCCUGAGUCUUUGAGCGAAUAUUGUAUGGCGUCAAAAAAUGGACUUUAACGGACUUUUAUUCUGGUCAUAUCGAAAAAAAGAUUACGUUGCACAAGUUGAAAUUGGUUUCAUAUCAUUGUGUAUAAUCCCCGUCCUCUAUACCUAUUGUUUGUUUGUAGUCAUCACAGUUAUCUACCAUGGUAGCCAUUACCGAUUAUACAUCCUAUAUUGAC